AUGACAGAAGUGAUUUUAAUUAAAUUAAUGUAGGAGCAAGAUAACAACUAGUUCUUCUCAUUUGCAAGAUAAUUGCUAGAUCAAUAAUCUCAAUCCAUUCCAGAAAUGGAUGAACACAAAGACUCCUCUUUAGACAUGAGUUAGUUAAUUAAGAUGUAACACACUAUUCAUGACAAUAUUUUAAUCUCUCCUGAACCAUCCAAAAGGAAGGGUUCCCCUCUUCUACCCUCUGAUGACCCUUGCAAUUGCAGUAAGUCUGAAUGCAGGAAAAUGUAUUGCGAGUGUUUGGCCAAGGGGAGACUCUGUUCCUCCGCCUGUAAAUUAAUCAUAUUUCUAUCUCCAAGGCAGAUGCGAAAAUUGUCAAAACAGAACCUCAAACAAAAAGGUCCUCCAUGUCAUCUAAGAACUUGAUCUCAACAGAAACCUAAGGAAAAUCAAAUCCAAACGAUUCAAAGAUGUACCAUUCAUCCAUUAACUCCUAGGGAUGCACAUGCAAAAAGUCAAUGUGUUUGAAAAAAUAUUGCGAGUGCUUCCAUUCUGGCAAAAGUUGCGGCUACGGUUGUAAUUGUGAGAAUUGUUAGAACCAACUUCUAGAUGAAAACUAAAAAAAUAUUUGCACACCAAAUUAAAAAAAAACUUCAAAAUUUUCAUCCAAAUUUGAGAGUGCCAACACCAAUACCAGAUCAGAAUAUUAUGGGAUGGUCUUAAAAAAAUUCAACCUAGAAGAAUACGAAGAUUCAGAUGACUGUAUUUCAUAUAUCCAUAUUAUAUUCAGCCUUGGACAAGAUGAACACUGUUGUCAUUAUGAUAUUAGGUUAGUUGAUUGUUUGA